UUCCAAGGACAGCCAUGCAGUGCAGAUUUAGAAUGUGCAGUAUCUUUGAACUGUACAAAUAACAACACAUGUGAUUGUCUUGGUGACUUUUAUUAUGACAGCACAAACUAUUCCUGCGUACAAAAAAAAAACAAGGGAGACAACUGUGGUGCAGACAUAGAAUGUACACCUAACUUGACUUGUUUAUCACACAUAUGUGAUUGUAGUGAGGGAUUUUAUUACAACUCAAGUUUCUGCGUAUCAAAGAGCAACUUAAACAUAGUUGUAAGAACUACUGCCAGAGAGACGAGGAGCAUCGUCUUUAGCUGGACUGACGUAUCUCAAAGAAGUGAUGUGAAUUACACAAUCAGCUGGGAUGUUUCAAAUACAAUGGUUGCUACCAGAAGUGGAGUUACAGUUGUUGGCCUUGUGCCUGGAACAUCUUACAGUUUUACUGUUGUCACAAGUCUGCCAGCUGAUGGAAACUAUCCGUUGAUACAAGUUCAUCAAACACCAGUCACAGCUUGGACUCGUCCAGACACACCAGGUCCAGUGAAUGGGCCACGGCGGAUAGAUAACUCAACUUAUGAAGUUACAUUCGGCCGGUCAACUGGAAGUGUGUCACAGUACACAAUGACUGUCAGAAGUGGGUCUGUUGAAGAAACACAAAGCAGCACUUCUAUAUCGAUGCGCUUCACAAAACUCCGGCCAGCUACAACCUACAGCUACAGCCUGUGGUCUUUUAAUGGGAAUUCAGACACAAGUGUCCCAGUAAAUGGCAGUUUUACUACAGACCCUGAGGCGUCUGGUCCAGUCGAUGGAUUGAGUCCAGCUGGAGUGCAGUCACACACGGCAAAUGUAACAUGGCAGACCCCACAGGAUCCACGUGGAAACAUCACAGGCUACUUGGUUCAGGUGGCUUUACAAGACAGUACAGAGUGUUUUUUCUUCCAGAUCCCUUGUCAUGGUUGUCCAACUAAUGUAAGUGCUCCCAGCUGUACCCUGAGAAGUGCUAAUAUCUCUGGUAGUGGCAACGUUUAUAACUUGGAGCUUUUGAACCUGAAACCCUAUCGUAAUUAUACAGUGAAAGUUCAAGCUGUGAAUGAAAGAGGACUUGGAGAAUCAACAUCUUUGACAUUUCAAACACAAAUAUCAGCUGCAAAUGACAUCAUAGACCUAACAGUGUAUUCUGUGAGAAAUGUGACAACCCCGACGGUUGAUCUGUAUGUUUCAUGGACACCUGGGGAAAAGACAGGGCCGACUGUUUAUUACAUCCUUGUCCAGGAAGCUUUAGGGCUCGACACUGGGGACUAUAAUCAGAGUGUUAGUCCACUAACUGUCUCAGGUUACAAUAAUAAUAAUUAUAUGCAAGUUGACGCCCUGGCAUACUGGAACUACAAUGUGUCUGUUUGGGCACACACCGAUGAAGGAAACAGCAGCCUGAAGUCUGCACUAAACAAAACUGUAGAAAAUGAUCCUGGACCUGUUGAGAAUCUGAAUGUGACACAAGAUCCAACUAUUGCCAACAUUGUCACUUUAACAUUUGAGUGUCCUGAAAUAAGGAGCCGGAAUGGGAGAAUAGACAAGUUUGUCAUCAAUCAAACACUUCUCAAUUCUCAAGCUCAAGAAGUAAAUACUGGCUGCCAAGUUUAUCAGUACAGGACAGCUACUGGCUGCCAAGUUUAUCAGUACAGGACAUACUGGCUGCCAAGUUUAUCAGUACAGGACAGAUACUGGCUGCCAAACUAUAUCACAUCCAGAAUAAUGUUAUCCUUUUUUUCGCUCUUUCCCCGACCAGAGAAGCUCAAAGAGUUACUUCGGGUGGACGCCCUGGUGAAGCAGCCAGACACUUCCACUGAACAAACCAAGAUUACAACUGUUGUUUGUUCCUCAUGUUUGACUGAUGCCAGAUGGGGGAUCGUGAGAAAUGUGGGGCUGCUGGUGUGUGUCAAAAGUCACCCAAACUGUACUCAACCAGGAAGAAAGAAAAGAUCCACUGCUCUACAGUUUGGUCAGUUCCCAAGCUGGGCGACUGCAAAACAGCAAGGGUUUACAACUGGAUACCGUACGACUCCAGAUAAAUGGAUCCCACCUAUAUCAGGGAAUGAACAAUUUAACAAGUUUGUGGUUGGAGAAAACACAAGUUGUAAUGCUGCAGAUCUUACAGAUUAUUGUAAUGGACCACUGCCGGCUGGAACAGAAUUCUACAUCAGUGUUAUCAUGUGUACAACAGCCGGAUGUACAGUCUAUCCAGAAACCAGCAUUUUUAAAACCUCUCCACCAGACGACGAGUCGUCAUAUAUCGGAGCUAUUGUAGGUGGUGUCCUGGGUGGACUGGCACUGGUCGCUGUUAUUGGU